AUCUUAAAAGCAUCAUAUGCUGUUGACGGUGGCAGCUGCCUGCCAGCCGAGAAUCCCUCAUUCAUGAAUCUAGAAAGGAGUUUUGGCCUCUUGAGCUUCUCAACAGUUGCCGUUCACAUCCGGUAUUGAGGAAGCCGUUAACGUCAUCCCCCCUGUCUUUCGUUUGAACAGCCUCGCACCCAUCCAACUGACCUAGUUGCCAUGGCAUACUAUCUUCUAUACUUUUUGGCAAUCUCUGUUGUGGUUUGUGGCACAGUACUCUACCUUACCCGGGCCCGAUGGUUGUCUUUAAUCCCAGUCCCUGAUUACAUAUACGAUCGCCUACCUUCUAGCUUUGCCGAUGACCUAGAGGCGGGGCUGACAUCAACGCAGUUUGACCUCUCCGCCAACAUUGCAGAUGGUGACACUAGGGCUGGGUUGGAUAACCAAGCUAAACGACAAAUCAGGAAGAUCAUGAACCGCCAAAGGAUAGACUUUGAUGAAGCUCGCCGGAUAUAUACCGAGCAACGUUUUGCUAAGAAUAACAUUGGUCCCGACGGCCGGCCCAAGGACCCGAAGUUUGUUUCAUUCUCAUAACAUGUUGGCCAUGAGACACUUGUUGUACCGUAUUACAUUAAACCAUUGAUUCUUUGCCCUUUCUUCAUUCUUCCGCUUUUCGAGAGCCCUGGCAAUAUAUCUGCUAAACUUCAGACGAAAAUUCAUUUCAUUUCCCCUCCUCUAUUUAAGC